AUGUCAUUCUCAUGUUGUUUUCAUUAUCAUGACAAGGAUGAUGAUGAGGAGGAGGAGGAUGUUGACGAUGGUGAAGAUGAUGAUGAUGAUGAUGAUGAUACUGAGGAUGUUGACGAUGGAAUGAUGGCAAACACGACGAAGCAAGCAGGGAAUGAUUUAUACGGUACUGAUGAUAAUCCGAUAAGUGAAGACGAUAAAGAGAAACUCAAAGAAAGUAUAACUGUUGAGCAUAUCGAAGUACAAGAAAGACAGACAAUGCAAAGAAAGCUUGAUGGUUCUGCGACACCACAAACACAUUCAACGGAGGACGACGAACCGGAGAAGUUUCCCUGUGACGGUACUGGCGUGAUUUCGUCAGAAGAUAGGAUCGCCAACAAUAACAGUUGCAGACAAACCACUGACGAACAUUUACAGCGUGACAUUAUCUGUCAUCAUACUGUUGAAGUUGAUAAGCAGCAGGUAAGUGUUACAUCUGAUACACCAUCUGCGGGUUCUGAGGAGCAGUUUGACGAUACAUCGACAGCUGACGAUGACGGUUCUGAGAAAGCACGUCAUUCGCAUGACCAGUCAGAAAAAAGCCACUAUGACCACAGCGAAGGGAAACUUUUUGGAUCAGAGACUGAUCCGGAAAAGGGCAACUGA